CUUUGGUCCUCCCCCCUUCGAACUGAGGUACGCAGAGUCUCCAGUCUUGCCUCGUCAUGCACGAAGGAUCAUAUACUUGCGCUAACUAGUACUCUGUAGUUUGCACUCCCUUCAAACUCCUGUCAUCAGGUGCUCUAACAAAAUGAUCAUUAUUCCUGUCCAACCCAGUAAGACGUCAACCAGUCGAUGAAAGGAUCAAAAGACUAAUUAUAUAAUUGCAUGGCCGUAGCACAAGUGUUCCGCCUGUUUGUCCAUCUUGUGCUCCUGAUCUCGUCAAUCCAAGCCCAGUCUCUUUCCGAUACUCCUUCCUUUCAGCUCCGGGAUAUUCCUUUUGAAUGUUCCAAUCCGACAUAUGGGAGUUGCACCUUCUAUGCUGAUUGUCUCGAGAGUCGUUACCAUUGUGGUCAAUCGGGCUACCCGAUUGGAUAUGGCCAACACUACUGUGUAAGCCUUCACGGCGGCAGGGUCAAAGUUUGGCUUGCAGGGACAGGAGUGGUUGGCACACACCAUGCAUUGCCUACAGGCCGCACUGGUGCCUGAAGCGACAGGCGAAGGUGAGACAACAUGCAACGCGCUAGCCGACAAGGCUUUCGCGACCCAUGCAACUUGCUAUGUCAACAAUGGUUUGUGUGAACUGUUCCCAACGGAUUGGGUAGAGAUCGUGACCAUUGUAGGGUGGACACUCUUCGAGAGCUGGGAUGCGACUAGUAAGAGCAGUUUCCAGGCGGCGGGAGAUUGUCCAGCCCUUACGGCGUGGAUCCUACUCUGCACCACGCUAAAUAACCGGAAUUUAUGCCCCAGUGUGGCUGGGCUGUAGCAUUGCAUGAUUUGCCAAAUUGCUUGGAGGCUUGAAACCAGGCUAAUUGCAAUAUGAACUUAUUGCUCUCGGAAUUGGAAAGCACGUCGAUGGACGUCAAAUUUUGGUCGAGCUACUUAGUCGUUGAAGAUGAACACGCCAAGAGUACCCCGUAUUAGCUAAAUUUGAUUCUUUACGCACUUUUGUAUCGAUUGCCUUGCUCUGUGUUCCAACUGCAUCACAUGUACUUGAACUUCCCAGACUAC